AUGCACUUCCAAUCGCGCGUAUCCACAACCACCGUUCACGAACUCCUCUUCGCCGACGACUGCGCCCUGGACACUACCUCGGAAGAGGAGAUGCAACGGAGCAUUGACCUGUUCUCCGCCGCCUGCGAAAGCUUCGGUCUGGUCAUUAAUACGCAGAAGACGGUGGUGAUGCACCAACCGCCACCCAACUCAGCCACAGCCCUCAGCGCGCCGCCGCAAAUCAGCGUGAACGGAACCCAAAUGCAAGUGGUGGAGAACUUCCCAUACCUGGGCAGUACCUUCUCCCGCAACACCAAGAUCAACGACGAAGUCGACAACAGGAUCUCAAAAGCCAGUCAAGCCUUCGGUUGCCUCCAAAGCACAGUUUGGAAUCGCCACGGUCUUCAGCUGAGCACGAUGCUGAAGAUGUACAAGGCCGUCAUCCUGCCGACACUACUGUAUGGAGCGGAGACUUGGACGUUGUACGCAAAGCAGGCACUCCGUCUGAACCACUUCCACCUCAGUUGUCUUCGUCGCAUCCUGCGGCUGAACUGGCAGGAUCGAAUCCCCGACACUGAUGUGCUGGAUAGGACGGGAAUCCUCAGCAACUACGCCAUACUGAGACAAAUGCAGCUGCGCUGGAGCGGCCACCUGGUGCGCAUGGACGACGAGCGACUACCCAAACGACUCUUCUACGGAGAAGUCGCGACGGGUUCUCGCCGUCAAGGAGGCCAGAUUCGCCGUUACAAGGAUACCCUGAAGUCCUCCCUGAAACGCCUGCAAAUCAACCUUGUAGGAUACUACUAA